AUGGAGAGUUUAUCUAAAAUGUGGAAGCAACUUCAAAAGAUGUUCGCUAACGAAGAGGACUCGCGUCUUAAUAAUCUAGAUGAAACGUUUACCAGUUUCUGUAGAACUCCAUUACAUAUAGCAGUUAUUUCCAGUGACAUCAAAUUUGCAACAAAUAUUCUAUUCAAGAAACCUGAUCUUGCACUGAAAGUAGACACACAAGGAUUUACUCCGCUUCACCUUGCCUCUGUGAGAACCAGUACUCAAAUGGUGAGAUUGUUGCUGAAGGCCAGACCUGGUGCUUGUAUAGUUCAAGAUCAAGAUGGGAGAACACCUCUACAUCUAGCAGCUAUGAAGAACCGAAUGAAAAUCAUGAAAGUAUUAAUGGAAGAAGGACUACCCGAAGCAAUUCACUUGAAGAAUGAUCAAAAUGAUGAGACCAUACUACAUUUUUGUGUAAAGAGUAACACUAACCUGAAGACUCUUAAACUAUUGGCAGAUUACUUGGUGCCUGCACAACCUCCACACCCAGAUUCUAUAUCUAUCAACUCCACGGACAACAAUGACAACACAAUCUUGCACCUUGCUGCGGAAAUGGGGAAUAUGAAGAUUGUAAAUUAUUUACUGCUGAAUAGUAAUGUAAGAAUUGAUAUAAAUGUCGUAAACAAGAUGGGUCUCCGAGCCUUGAAUAUGUUACCACAAGCUGAAAGGAAUAAUCUAGAACUCGGCUACGAUGUAUGCUACCAGACGCAUAAGAGUAAAACUCUAUCUAAUCUGAAAGAAAGGGUUAAUGUGUUGAUGGUGGUGGCAACAUUGAUAGCAGGAAUUUCCUUUCAAGCUGCGAUGAACCCACCAGGAGGGGUUUGGCAAGAUGAUACUAAAGUUGACUCUGGUACUGAUCCCAUUACUUUUGCUUAUUAUCUUAAACAUAUGUUUGGCUCUUCCAUAUCUGGUGGUUUGAAUAGGUACAUAUUUAAGUAUGGGCACACUGGAGGAGCAACUUAUUCUUACAUUACAAAUUUUACGAGUGCUAUGAUGGCUAUGGAGGAUUAUACAACAGUAAAAGGUUUAAUUUUGGAAGAUUUCGCUUUUACUGAUUUUGUUUCAUACUACAGAAACAAAAGCAAGGAUAAUAGUAGCAGAGGUGGGUUUUUCCCUUAUUUAAUACGCUAUGCUGGAUACCCUAUAUUGGCUUAUACAUACCCAACCAGCUACAUGGUUUACAUGGUUACUAUUGUAGUUGCGUUUUUUGUAUCUUUAACUAUAAUAUUUUUGGUCAUAUGGGGGUUUAUGAUCGAAACAUCUCUCGCCCAAGUUCGAAUUCUUGUUGUGUUGAUGUGCAUUUCAAUCGGAUGUAUUGCCUCCGGUUAUUUGUCAAUAUUAGUAGCUAUGGUGCCAGAUUUUUAUAUCGGAGGAUUUUGUGUGUAUUUAAUAUUCCAAGUAUUUUUGGGAGUCUGCUGCAUUUUGGCAGUUGGGCUCUUCAUUUGGACUUUGGUAUGGAAGAUAGUUAAGCUACGAAAGAGAACGAGGUACCACCAUGUGGGUGUUGGUAAUUACCUUAAAGCAGUCUACUUCAGUAUGGGCGCAAAUGCUGCUGGAAAACUGAUUUUAUUCAUUGUUGGUUACUGUGCUUUUCGUCUCAUGGGAUAUUUUUAUUAUGGAAAUUGGUUCCAAAUAAACCCGUUUCUGUUUUAAACUGGAUUCCCGGUUUGGGUUGAAAUCAUGUGUAGUAGUAUGUGCCACUGCCAGAAUAUAUUAAGAAAGAGGGGAUAGUUUUGGUGGUUUUCGUCUCAAGAGUUACUAGAUUACUGCUGCUUCUUAUGAUGUUUGUGUGCAAUUGCUUGUGCUCGUUAAUAAUGUUUGAAAUAAAUAUACUAUAGUUGUUUUUAUUUGUGUUCUAUUCUACUUCGACGCCACCAAGGAAUACAGCAAGAGACAAACAUACCAGAACUAAGGAAGAGCGCCAACUGUUUCUGCAAAUGAUUUUUCUUCUAGUGUAAUCCUCAGUGUAAUCAAUGUAUUUCACAUAGCUGCAAAAAAUGUAAAGUAAAAAAAAAAUUACAUCGCGAAUCGAACGUUAAAAUGAACGCGAUGGAAACAAAGGAAGAAGGGAGGGAAGUCUGGGGAGACAUGUAAAUGGUUAAGGCUUCAAUCUUAAUCAAGCAUGCUGAAGUAUGUAGUGUAGAUAACAGAUAGUAAAUGUUUCCAUCAUGUUGCAAUUGAAUUUGGGAUUAGUUUCGUCAUACAGAGAGACUUAAAG